AGUAUCGUGUGACGCUCGUCGAGCGGCGAAAGUGCGGAAACAUAAAAACGUAGUGAAUAAAUUCUCUUUGGUGCGCGCAGACAACGGAUACAUCGAAUUCUUAUUUUAAAAUUGUGUAUUUCUUUUUUACUGUUAACAAUGGCUUGUCCGAUGAGAUCAGCGCUGGAUGAAAUUGCGGGCCAGGAUGGUAACCACUUAGGUAACGAGGCGGGAAUGCUCUACGGAGAAUACUUGAUGCUUGACAAAUUACUUGGUGCUCAGAGGAUGCUCAGCGCUGAGUCUUCGAAGCCUGUUCAUGACGAGCACUUGUUUAUUGUGACCCACCAAGCUUAUGAGCUAUGGUUCAAGCAGAUAAUCUUCGAGGUGGACUCCGUCAGAUCACUUCUAGACGUUGAGGGUCUGGACGAAAGCCAUACCAUGGAGAUAUUGAAGAGGCUCAACAGAGUAGUGCUAAUUCUAAAGCUCUUAGUAGAUCAGGUCAUGAUACUGGAAACUAUGACUCCACUGGAUUUCAUGGACUUCCGAAACUACCUGCGUCCGGCGUCUGGUUUCCAGAGCUUACAAUUCAGAUUAUUAGAGAAUAAGUUGGGUCUGAAACAAGCUCUCCGAGUCAAAUACAACCAGAAUUAUCAAACAGUGUUCGGAGACGAUCCUACCGCUAUGGAAUUAUUACACAAGUCUGAGGAGGAGCCGGCGCUAUUGGCCUUAAUAGAACGAUGGUUAGAACGCACGCCGGGUUUGAACACGCACGGCUUCAACUUCUGGGGCAAAUUCCAGGCCGCCGUCAACAAAACUAUCAAGGAGGACAUCGAUGCUGCCAUGGAGGAGACUAGUGAGAAUGUCCGCAGACACCGUUUAGCGGACGCGGAAAAUCGACGAGAAAUAUACCGCUCCAUCUUUGAUCCACAAGUGCACGAUGCACUACGGAACCGCGGUGAAAGGAGGUUGUCGCACAAGGCCCUCCAGGGAGCGAUCAUGAUAACUAUGUAUCGAGAUGAGCCACGCUUUUCACAGCCACAUCAACUACUCACACUUCUUAUGGACAUCGACAGCCUUAUCACUAAAUGGCGCUAUAACCACGUGAUCAUGGUGCAGCGCAUGAUUGGUUCUCAGCAUUUGGGCACAGGCGGCUCCUCAGGAUACCAGUACUUACGAUCAACGCUCAGUGAUCGCUACAAAGUGUUCUUAGAUCUGUUCAAUCUGUCUACGUUCUUACUGCCUCGUUCACAAAUCCCACCGUUAGACGAUGGUGUCAAGAAGAGUCUCAAUUUGAUGUGGGGCGAAAACGCCUGGGAGAAUGGUAAUAGCAGCCAGAACGGCGACUCCGACCAGAAUGACGAUAGCAGCCAAAAUGGUGAAACCAGCAAGAACAGUGAUCACAUAUUAUAAUUAGGGAUUAGGUGUCCUAAUAGAAAGUAAAUCAUACAGUGAACAAUGAAAUGCCCAAUUAGAUAGUAUGAUGUGCUGGGAUUUGUAUUUUUUGGACUAUUAAAAAUUGGUUCUUGUUCAUGCCAGUGAUUUCCAUUGUAUUGAAUCAAACUUUAUUAAAUGUGUAUAAAAUACCAGCAUACACUAUCCUAUACUUCUACAAUUAAAAAGGGGUAUGUACAAUCGAGGAAAUUGGCAGUAUGCCACAUUUAGCAGAUUAUUUUCUACGAACCAUCAUCGUCGCAAUUUAAAAUAGUCUUUCGGUAACGCAAGAACUGUUCACAUAAUAUCUAUCACAAAGUGGAAUACUGCAAAUCUCCGCGAUAUGAACACACAUAAUGUACCAUAAUAAAAGAAACGAAUAUUUUCCAUUGUACACCCAGCAGUACGUCGAGUUAUUUUUAAUUGUCAAUAGUUUAAAAUCUAUUGGUGAUAUCAGAGUUUUGAUUAACCCGAGGUGCUGUUGACUUUACGUCACAAUAAUAAUGAUAAAGUAACACAAUUAAAAACUUUUUGUGUAUCAAAAAUAAAACUUACAAAACACU